CAAACGAUCGCUUUUUCUUUUUCUUUCUCAUUCCCCAUUUUAUAUUUGUCCAUUUCGAUUAGGGUUUUCUUUUUCUUCUUCAUCUUCUCUUCGUCUCUGAGCUUACAAACCCUAAUCUCCUCCCCCCCUCUCACCCACUCUCCGUCCGAUCUCCUUUCACUAGCCGUUACACUCGGUUUCCCGCCAAGCUCAACUUCAUCUCAGCCGUCUGUUUCUGUUGUUUAUUUUUUUUAAAAAAACUAACCGUUAGAUCUGCCAUAUCGGGAAACCGUUCGGUUUGUGUUCCUUUUUUUCUAUCGACAUAAGAUUUUAUUGACCGUUGGGAAUGUCUGCGGUGGAACCGGAGAAGACGGUUGACGUGGUGUCGGAGGAGGAGGAGAAAGGGGGAGAGCUCUUGUUCUGCGGUGCCACUUCUUGGGAUUCCGUUGGUCGCCGCAAAGGCCUCGAGGGCAACUUGGUCUCCCCGACUCGGCUUCGCCCGCUCGUCGGUGUUGACAUUCGAUUCGUCGCUUCGGGCUGCACAUCGUGUCAUUGUGUGGCGUUGGAUACUGAAGGGCGUUGCUAUACAUGGGGGCGCAAUGAGAAGGGCCAACUUGGCCACGGAGACACUAUUCAGAGAGACAGGCCGACUGUAGUGUCUGAACUUCUCAAGUACAAAGUCAUUAGAGCUGGAACGGGGAGGAGCCAUACAGUAGUGGGUACUGAGGAUGGAAUUUCCCUCUCCUUUGGCUGGAACAAACAUGGACAGCUGGGUUCAGGCUCGGUACGCAAUGAAAUCGAGUUAUCUCCUGUUCGCUGUCUUGUUUCUGAAGUAAAAAAUACUGUUUGCGGGGCUGACUUCACCGUGUGGUUGACUUCUGUUGAAGGAGCUUCUAUACUGACUGCAGGUCUUCCUCAGUAUGGACAACUUGGGCAUGGAACAGAUAAUGAGUACAACACCAAGGACAGCUCAGUGAGACUCGCUUAUGAAGCCCAACCACGCCCUAGAGCAAUUGCUUCUCUUGCUGGGGAAACGAUUGUCAAAGUUGCAUGUGGAACGAACCAUACUGUGGCUGUGGAUUCAAAUGGAUUUGUUUACACGUGGGGAUUUGGCGGUUAUGGAAGGCUCGGACAUAGGGAGCAGAAGGAUGAGUGGGUCCCUCGUCGUGUUGACGUUUUUCAGAGGCACAAUGUUCUACCUCCAGAUGCAGUGAUUUCAGCUGGUUCUGUUAACUCCUCUUGCACUGCAGGUGGAGGACAGUUGUAUAUGUGGGGCAAGAUAAAGAACGCCGGUGAUGAUUGGAUGUAUCCUAAACCUCUCAUGGAUUUAAGUGGCUGGAAUCUACGUUGCAUGGAUUCAGGUAAUAUGCACCAUUUUGUUGGUGCUGAUUCCUCCUGCAUAAGUUGGGGCCAUGCACAACAUGGAGAGCUGGGAUUUGGCCCAAAUGGGCAGAAAUCUUCCGCAAUACCCAAAAAAGUAGAUAUUCUUGAGGGCAUGCAUGUCAUCAGUGUUGCAUGUGGUAUGGGCCAUUCCAUGGUGGUGGUUGAUAGAAAAAAUGUGGGUGACCAACUUGAUCAGCUCGAUAUUUAUGAUGGCAAAGCUUCUGGUGAAGGUAGUGAAGAGCCUGAGCUUCAAACUCCGGUUGUCAAGCAAACUGCUAAAAAGGGUACUGCUAAAUCUUUAAGUAACUCGAAGAAGAGGAAGAAGUUGAAAGAUUCAUCUGACUCGGAAGAUGGAGAUGACAGUGAUGCUGACAGUGAAGAUGGUGAAGAACAGGUCAAUGGGCAGACAGAACAGAGAAAGGGGGGUAGGAAUGUUUCUGGUCGAGGUCGAGGUAAAGGUGCUAAUAAAUCAACGCGUGGGCGAGGUCGACCUCCAUCAGCAAAUAAAAGUUCACAUUCUUCUCAAGGGAAAAGCGGUAAAAGAGGAAGGCCCCGGAAGGCCUAACUUGACACUUCCAAGUUUGAAAUUUUGUUCUCUCUCUGUUUAGAGAGGGGUACGACACUAUCAAUUGGCUACUGUACUUGGAGUUCUUUCUAAUUUCCAAAAGUAUUUUUUUCCUUUUUUAAUUCUUCAGUCCCGCAGAAUUGUACUUGUUUGAUUGAUAGAAACAUUUCUCUUGUACUAACAUUUCAUUUUUUUACUUGGAAAACUGAGAAAAUGUUGCAUCAGAACUUACCACAUUAUCGAUUUUAGAAAAUCUCACAUUCAGUCAAUUUUCCCA